UCCUUCUCGGUUCGAACAAUUCGCACGAGUCGAGAGACCGGGAUGCCUCCGCGGGCGCCGGCGCCGGCGGCGUUCCCGUCCCUGGACGCCUACUACCUCCACCACCUCCGCUCCUGCUCGACGCUGCGGCACACCGCCGCCGUACACGCCCACAUCGCCCGCGCCCACCCGUUCCCCUCCCUCUUCCUCCGCAACACGCUCCUCACCUCGUACUGCCGCCUCGGCGGCCCCGCGCGCCGCCUGCUCGACGAAAUGCCCCGCGCCAACGCCGUCUCCUUCAACCUCCUCAUCGACGCCUACUCCCGCUCCGGACAGGCAGACGCCUCCCUCUCGACCUUCGCGCGCGCCCGCCGUUCCGCCAGCGUCAGGGCCGACCGGUUCACGUACGUGGCCGCGCUCGCCGCGUGCUCGCGGGCCGGGCGCCUGCGGGAGGGCAAGGCCGUGCACGCGCUGGCCAUCCUCGAGGGGCUCGCCGGGAGCGUGUUCGUCUCCAACUCGCUCGUCAGCAUGUACGCCAGGUGCGGCGACAUGGGACAGACGAGGCGGGUGUUUGACGCCGCCGAGGAGCGGGACGACGUCUCGUGGAACGCGCUGGUCUCUGGCUACGUGCGUGCAGGUGCUCAGGAUGACAUGCUGAGUGUGUUUGCUCUGAUGCGCCGGUGCGGUAUGGGCUUGAAUUCUUUCGCUCUUGGAAGUGUCAUGAAGUGUUGUGCUGGCAGCGAUGACUCUUUGAGGGAUAUUGCCGCGGUGGUUCAUGGAUGUGUGGUGAAGGCUGGGUUGGACUCCGAUGUGUUUCUUGCGAGCGCGAUGGUUGACAUGUAUGCCAAGAAGGGCGCAUUGAGUGAAGCUGUUGCGCUCUUCAAGUCGGUGCUUGAUCCCAAUGUGGUUGUGUUCAAUGCCAUGAUUGCGGGGCUGUGUCGUGAUGAGGCUGCUGUCGGUAUGGAUGUCCUGAGAGAAGCGUUGAGUCUGUAUUCAGAGGUGCAGAGUCGAGGAAUGGAGCCUACCGAGUUCACAUUCUCCAGCAUCAUACGAGCGUGCAACUUGGCAGGUGACAUUGAAUUCGGAAAACAGAUACAUGGACAAGUACUGAAGCAUUGUUUCCAGGGAAAUGACUUCAUUGGGAGUGCACUGAUUGACUUGUACUUCAACUCUGGCUAUAUGGAAGAUGGGUUCAGUUGUUUCAGAUCUGUUCCGAAGCAAGAUGUCGUCAUGUGGGCAGCGAUGAUUUCAGGGUGUGUUCAAAAUGAGCUUUUCGAAAGGGCACUGACCCUGUUCCAUGAAUUAUUAGCUGCUGGACUGAAACCUGACCCUUUCACUAUAUCGAUAGUGAUGAAUGCUUGUGCCAGUUUGGCUGUUGCAAGGACUGGUGAGCAGAUUCAGUGCUUUGCCACAAAAUCUGGAUUUGGUCGGUUCACUGCCAUUGGAAACUCCUGCAUACAUAUGUAUGCUAGAUCAGGGGAUGUUGAUGCUGCAGUCCGGAGGUUUCAGGAGAUGGAAUUACACGAUGUUGUGUCUUGGUCUGCUGUAAUAUCAAGCCAUGCACAGCAUGGCUGUGCAAGGGAGGCUUUACGGUUUUUCAGUGAAAUGGUAGAUGCAAAGGUGGUGCCAAAUGAGAUUACUUUUCUCGGUGUCCUUACUGCAUGUAGCCAUGGAGGAUUGGUUGAUGAGGGACUCAGGUAUUAUGAAAUCAUGAAAAAUGAGUAUGCAUUGAGUCCAACCAUAAAGCAUCGCACAUGUGUUGUUGAUCUCCUUGGCCGAGCUGGGAGACUAGCUGAUGCUGAGGCUUUUAUAAGGGAUUCAAUCUUCCAUGAUGAACCUGUCAUCUGGCGGUCUUUGCUAGCAUCAUGUCGUAUCCAUCGAGACAUGGAGAGAGGUCAACUUGUUGCAGAUAGGAUAAUGGAACUACAACCCAGUUCCUCAGCAUCCUAUGUAAAUCUCUACAACAUUUACCUGGAUGCUGGGGAACUCUCCUUAGCUUCAAAAAUUAGAGAUGUGAUGAAAGAGCGAGGUGUGAAGAAAGAACCUGGUCUGAGUUGGAUUGAACUAAGGUCCGGGGUUCACUCUUUUGUUGCCGGUGACAAGUGCCAUCCAGAGAGCAACACAAUAUAUGCGAAACUGGCAGAUAUGCUUUCCAAGAUUGAUAAACUGACAGCCACUGAUACUUCCGGCACAAAGUCAGAUGACAUCACUAGAAACGAGCAAAGUUGGAUGAAUUGGCAUAGUGAGAAACUAGCUGUGGCAUUAGGAUUGAUUCAUUUACCACAGUCAGCACCUAUACGAGUAAUGAAGAACUUGAGAGUCUGCCGUGACUGCCAUUUAGCUAUGAAAUUGAUAUCGAAGAGUGAAAACAGAGAAAUAAUCUUGAGAGAUGCGAUUCGCUUCCACCACUUCAGAGAUGGCUCAUGUUCUUGUGCGGAUUACUGGUAGUGGCUACUGGUUGGUGCAGUGGUUCCAAAGGAAGAAAGGCGCCUUAAACUCCUCAAAAGCGGCCUCCUCCAAACUGAAUGGUUGAGUACACUGAACCACCUCCAAGGCAUCGUGCUGAUUCUCCUAUUCUCCAUCCCCUGUUAGGCAUGGUGACAGAAGACCAGGAUCUCCAAUUGGAAGACAUCCUCUCCUUCGCCACCUAUAAGGCACACGUCGCCAAUGCGGAGGGUUUGUGGCAGCUCAUCACCUCGUAGGUACUCACCUGGGCCUCUUAAAAGGCUGUGGAACUUAUCUUGCUUUUAUUAGCAGUUACGGAGGCUGAGGAGCCCUUCGAGAAGGUCACCACCACCACCACCACCUCCACGUCGUCAUAGUCGCUCCCCUCACUUUUCACACUUUGUCCAGAUCAGUUCUCCAUAUAAGUAAUGAAAUCGUUGCUGCCCCUCUGCAUGAACCAGAGGACCUCCUCCAUUGGGGCUCGCGUGGAAGGUGAGAUACUGAGAUUCAUCCAACUCUACAUCACCUAGUCCUCCGAGGAAGGUGAGUGCAAACAUGUGUAGGAAACAUGAGUAGUUGAAUGCUUGCUUGUGUUUUGUUGGUCAUGUGAUGCAACCAUAGAGCGCAUCAAGGAGCUGCAGUCCUAGAAGAAGGAGCAUCUCGAGCGACAGUGAGCAGCUCUCGCCUUCCCCGAGGCAUAGGUACUAGAAGGAAAAUUCCCUGAAAACCCUGCUGGUACACACACUAGUGCCAAAUAAGGCCUGGCGUGUGCCUGUACCUUGCUGUGUGAGCUCAGGAGGUGACCGAGGGGGCGAACGAUGACGGAUCUGGCUGGAUAUGCUUGGCGGAGUCUUGGAUUUUGUACCAGAGACUUUGACUGUGUAUUGAUUGAUCAGUCUAGCUAAAUCUAAAUCUCAGUCGACUGAGACUUCAGUCGACGCUACACUCGUUAGAUCUUACAUUGAGAUCCGUGCAAAAUUUUCUUCUCAGUUUUUCUUUUUCUUUCUUACAUGUUAUAUCGCUUGACUGAGACUUUGUUAAGCCUCGGUAAACUGAGAACUAGCCACACCCUUGAUUGAUAUUUGAAGUUGUUUCCACUCGUUUGAAAAUCUGGACAUUAUUCAGUCUGUCA